AUGUGCAGAGGCAGCGCCGCCAGCCCGACAACAAGGCGCCCCAGGACGUCGUCAAAGGCCCCAGACGAGCCCCCUCAGGUGGGGCCUCCCUCAACCAACAGCCGGUGCAUUCACUCAGGCAAUGGUUGCAAGACAAAAUGCGCCUUCGAGACUGAGUUAGCUGGCUUCCGGCCCACUGUGGACUCCGAAAGACAUGGGCUCUAUGAAUCCGUCUUCAAGGCUUUCGACGCCUUGCUAAGGGUCACUUCGCCCAGGAGGAACCGCGCAGCCGGUCCCAAGUCGCUAUUAGCUAUGUGUCUCCGGAAAGUCCCGGACUACAUAGCAGGACUUGAAGAGUGGGAGAGGCAGGAAUCCGAGGAAAACGGCACGAAAUCAGCCGUUCGAGGUGCCGGAGUGUCAUUCGAGAUCUACUCGGAGUUGGAGUCGCUCGGCGCGGUGGAUGGGUGGAACCACCUUUGUUUGCUUCUGCGGGCUCAUGCCGUUCAAAUAAUUCAAGAGGCCGCAACCGAAGGUCUGUUGGAAGAUCCGGUGACAGGUUUGCUCAUACGGCUGUGCCUCGAAUACAUGCCGCCAACGGAAUUCACUGGCCUCAUCGAAACCUUCGUGGUGCGCCAGUAUCCGAAGCCCUCCUCCGCCGACGAUGACCUCUUCGCUUCUCUCGCCCAUCAACCACUCAGAACGCUCAGGAGCUGCGACCCUUCAGGGACUUCUAUUUUACCAAGGAUAUUGGCCCAACUCCUUGCCAACGACUUGCUACCUGCCGGCUGGAUUCUGAACAAGAGUUUUAUCACUCUGUGGCCCGCAACAGUCCGCCAUGUCACCCACAUGAAGCCCUGCCAAAACACCCUAGACUUUAUCGUCAUCACCCUCGAGCUUCUCUGCGCCCUUGCCUCACCCAGGAAACCGCGUGGCGUACCACAAACACGGCUCCGAGGAAAAUCACAGACGACUCUAAUCAGCACCGUCGCCGCCCUCGGGGCCGUCGUCCUCCUCGGCGUGGAGGGAUCGACCCAAUCCCCCGAGACCUCCUCGCCAACCCGCGCCGCCACCCUCCGCCGCAGAAUGACGAACAUCACCACAGCCUGCUCAACGAACCUCAAAACCCGCAAAACCCCCUCCCGCAAACUCGGCACCUACAUCCUCGCCCUCUGCGCCUUCCUCUCCAUCUCCGAACCCUCCUCGGCAGCAGCCCCCACCAUCGAAGCCGCCUGGAAAAACGUGCAAACCUGCCGCGGCAACCCGGCCCUGCUCCUGCAGUACGACGCCACCACCGCGCUCAUGAGCGCCAUGGCCUGGCACUGCAGCCGCGGCACCGGCCUGCCGCCGCACUUUUACCUGUCGCAGUUCUGUGACCGGCUGGAGGCCCUCGCCCUCCCGCCCGCCGCGCUGGCCAACAUGCGCGUCGACGGCGCGUUCCGUCUGGCGGAGCACACGGGCGACUUGCGGGAUCUGGAGGUUGCCGAGGGGCUGUCGAGGGCGAGGCUGGCGUUGGCGGAGGCGCAGGCUGGGGUGGGGGGCGAGUGGGUUGCUGCCACGCCGGGGACGGAGACGCGUCCGGCUGGUGGUGGACGGAGGCGGUUGAGGUCGAGCGGGGUGGUGCUGAGUGAGGGUGAGGAUGAGGAUGAGGAUGAGGAUGAGGAUGAGGAUGAGGAUGAGGAUGAGGAUGAGGAUGAGGAUGAGGAUGAGGAUGAGGAUGAGGAUGAGGAUGAGGAUGGGGCGGCGGACGGGGAUACGGAGGGCAGCGGGUCGGAAUCGGAGGCGGAAGCUGACGAGGUUGACGUUGACGUUGAUGUUGACCCCGUCUCGUCGUCACCCGAUGGUGACGAAACCGACGGGUCUGUUUCCAUGUCGUCUGAAACAGACCACGAGGACGCCGCGCCAUCACCAAACACUGAAACGUCGCCUGUGUCUGUGUCAGGCUCGCAGUUGGAAACAGAGUCAGAACCAGAAUCGGAAUCAGACCCCGACUCAGACUCGGACUCAAACCGCCCACAUCCCGACGACGAUAACAACCACGACGAUGACAUCGCCCCCUCAAAGUCAAUGCCCCCACCCCCCGCACCACCCACUCCCGCGGGCGGGUUCCUCGCCGCGCGCCCGCGCCGCCUGCUACUCUCACGCCCCAUGACGCGCGCAGGCGACGAGCUCGCGUUUGACAACAACGGCGGCGGUGUGGAGAAGAAGGGUGACGGCGACGGUGACGGGGGCAACUGGCUCAGCAGGAAGAAGCCGGCGCGGUUCCGCCCCGGUGCUACUGCUACUGCUACGACUACAACUACAACUGCGGCGGCGAGGAAGAGGGUGGCUAGGGCGUCGCUGGUGUAUUUGCAGCCUGUUGAGGUGGUUGUUUACUGA